AUGUGUCUUAAUAUCAUAUAUCUUGAUCUAGGAUAUACUCUGUCUAUUUCCUGUAUAACUCUCAAAAUUAUCGCAGACCAUUUGCAUGCUCUAGAAUAUCUUGACCUAAAAAAUUGCCAUAGAAUUAGUCAAAAAAUAAUAGAUAAACUAUUUCCUGAUCUCGAAAUAGGCGGGUAUUACAUAUUAUUACUUGGACA